GUUUCCGGGUUUGUGAGUCACACAGCUAAUUCAAACAGAAUAUAAAACCCCUGGACUCGCGAUGUGUGGUUAAAGUGGAUGAGGAAAGACAACAGAGUACACAGCUGAAUGUGAGGUAAGGAAUCCUUCUUCUAACUUUGAUAUCUUCAAAACAAUGUGGCAUGCAGUCUCAGAAUAAGAUAUAACCUGAGCUUUCGGCGUCAGUGAAUUUUUUUGGUGUAUGAGAAUAUUGAUAGUAUUUUGAUAGUAUGCCCUUUUGUCUUUUUUUGAUUAUAAAAUUUCAGUCUUCUUUAGUGUGGUCAAACAGGGGUAAAGAGCACAAUGGCAGAUUUUGGACUUCGUGGAUAUCAGGAAGAAGUUGUUCAAAGGGCUCUUCAGGGGGAGAACAUAAUCAUCUGCCUUCCAACAGGAAGUGGAAAGACUCGUGCGGCUGUGUAUGUGGCCAAAAAACACCUGGAGACCACACCGAAUGCCAAAGUGAUGGUCCUGGUAAACAUGGUAAACAAAAAAAGUGCACACAAACAGACAGGCAGAACGCAGAAUCAUCACAGACUCAUGAAAUAUUAAAGGGGACCUGCCACCAAAAUUUCAUACCCAUUUUUAUCAUUUUUUCAUAAUCCUUGAUGUCCUCUGAUCAUGUUUGCAACAUAAUUUUAGCUGAAAAGUUAUUUGAUGGUUUGUUUUAGUAUGCCUAAAAAACCUUACAGGAAAACCAACUGGUUUUGGCUCAUUAACAUUUAUGGUAAUGAGCUUUGCUCUGAUUGGAUCGCUGCUGUGAAGCCUGCUGUGCUCUGAUUGGCUCAGCAGUGGAGGUUCGGAUUUCGGUUUAUCCACUGUUAUUAUGCUAAUGCUAAUAGCAUAUGCUAAUGUGUGCUAAAGUAAGGUGCCCAGAUGUCUGUAGUGAUAUCCGGGGAUAUUCGGUGCGGCGGCGGUGGUGCAGGGGCUGCAGGGGCUGUGAUCACAGACAAAGUCUCGGUACUAUUUAGUAGCAGCGCAUGCCCCUUGUAUUAACCCCCGUAAGAACUGUUGUUCAGGACUGCUAACUAAAUUCGGCUACUGUAAUAACCGUUGUUCGAGCCCACACGCAACAUUUUUGCUCUCGUUAAUGAAACGCUUAAAUCGGGGACAUUUUUGGGGACAGCUUUUGCCGGGGACAGAUCAUCCAAUACGGGAUGAUGCAUCCAGUCCCCGGAAAUCGGGGACGUCUGGUCACCUUUUGCUAAAGGCUAAAAACGGCAGGUAUUAAACCACAUAUUUCAGACCCCGAGUCCGAAGAGGAGGUGGAAGUUGAGGAAGAAGCCGGAGAUCUCCAGCGGUGUUUUCUCAUUCAUUCUGCCCGGCUUUAAGUUCAUUUUCCCGGCAGUGAACCGAAGGAAACACCGGUCGUUUGGAAGAGACCCAUAGCGGAUACAGUGGUAGCUGGGUCUCGCUCUGGCUGUGACUGAGUACGAGAACGAGAGAGUGGGCACGGCUCACCGAGGACGCGCUCGUGAAUAAUAAUGAGCAAGGUCGGCGCAACGUAACACCGACGGGCUUUUUUAAUUGGCCUGGUUUACUCGUUCCUUGAUUUUAAACCUUUACAGAAUGCAAACGACGUAACGGUUUGUUUUCACAUGUACAACAUAAGACGAACAUAAUAUGGACCUUAUAUGACACAAAAAAAACCCAAAAUUACAUUUUUAUGGCAGGUCCCCUUUAAGACAAUGUGCUUUUUCUACUCCUCCUUCUGAAGGUUCCCCUAGUGGACCAACAUUACACUAAAGAGUUCAAGCCUCUUCUGGGUGGCGACUACACCUUGGCACGAGUCAGCGGAGACAGUGGGGAGAAGGACUUCUUUGGGAUGGUGGUGCAGAAAUCUGAUGUGGUCAUUUGCACAGCCCAGAUUUUGUACAAUUCUAUGAUGAGCACAGAAGAAACCAAACAUGUUGACCUCUCAGGUCAGUGAAGGGGGGCUAAAACUUUAGUCUUUACCAUCGGUGAUGAUCAGUUCGUUCAUUUAACAAACGUGUGUUGGACGCGCUUUUGAAUCUAUGCAGCGGUCACCCUCUUGAUAAUUGAUGAGUGCCACCACACCAACAAGGAGCAUGUUUACAACAAGAUAAUGGCAUACUAUGUAGAGAAGAAGCUGAAUGGAGAAAAACCUCUGCCGCAGAUCCUUGGCCUCACUGCAUCUCUGGGGACAGGGGGUGAAACAAUCCUGUUCAAAGCUGUGGACCAUGUACUGCAGGUAAGGGUUCAUUUUCACAGAUCCUUCAAUUCGGAUUCUUUUUCCUCACCAUCAUUCUUUUCUCCCUCAGAUUUGUGCAAACCUUGACUCAGCCGUAGUUUCAAGUAAAGACUGUGUGCUUGAGCUGGAAGAGAAAGUGCCCAGACCUGUGAAAAAUUAUGCUAUUGUGGAGAAAAGACCAGAGGUAAGACCAUUUUUCUUUAAAUCAUACACCCACUGUUUGAACUGCAGCAGACAGGAACUGAAACGUCUCUACUAUGACUCCAAAUUAGAUGAAGAAUUUUAUCUUGUAGGAUCCAUUUGGGGAUCUUCUGAAGAAGAUGAUGCACCAAAUCCACGAGUUCAUGAACAUCCCUCCAGACUACACCCUGAGAGAAUGUGGCACACAGGAGUACGAGAUGGACGUGGUGAUACUGGAGCAGCAAGGUAGCAAUAUGAACUAAACUGAGUGUCUCCUUUAAGGGUUACAAGAAGAUCAGGGGAUGGUGCACUCAUGGACUUUGUAUGUCUUUGGAAUAGGUGUCAAAGACAAGAGCAGACAGUUGACUCAAUGCUCGCACCACCUCAGGGAGUACAACAACGCGCUGUUCAUCAAUGACACCCUGCGAAUGAUGGAUGCUUAUCGCUACCUGCAGAAUUUCUAUAUCUCAAAGUUUAAGACAAUCAUUGAUGAAGUAGACAUCUUCCUGGUGGGGCUUUACAAAGGUAGAAAUUCAAAAAAAUUAAGUUAUUUUUAUUUUUAAAGGGAUAUUCGAGUGUAAAUUUAAGUUAUGGUCAAAAAAACUGUAACACCAAUUAGAUAACCCCUUAAGAGAUGAAUGUUGUCGACUACUUGUUUCUCUAAUUAUACCAACUUCAGCAACAACUGCAUGAUAGCAAUACACAAUGGUCUAUGCCUCCACAUGCAAACCUCAACCAAAAAGCCACUCUAUAGCCACAAAUAAUGCUCAGAACAGCACCUAACUUCAUCAACAGUACAUAUAGGGUCCCGGCCAUAGUACUAGCCAUCAAACAUCUUUUUAACUUAGCCUGGUUUCUUUAGCAAAGAGACCAAACACAACUCACCCACUCUCUUCCAGCAGCCGCUUGUUUGUGGAGGGAGCCCUGAUGAGUCGAUCACCGAGUGCAGUCGAGUUACACAGCUCAAGGAAAGACAUUUAUGAUUAUUACUUCAUGGAAAUGCAAUCAGACCUAGAUGCUCUAUUUUUGUGGCUAUAGAGUGACUUUUUGGUUGAGGUUUGCGCAUGGAGACGUAGACCACUGUAUAUUGCUAUCAAGCGGUUGUUGCUAAAGUUUGUGUAACUCGAGAAGCAAGCGGUUAGCAACAUUCAUCUCUCGGGGGGUAUCCAACUCGGUGUUUCGGUGUGUUUGACCAUAACUUAAAUUUACGCCAGAAUAUCCCUUUUAUUUUGGCAACAUGAGUAUUACUUACGUUAGGUUCUUAUUUUACCUCUAAAAAAACAAUAUCAGAGAGACAAGAGGAGCUGAGGACAAUAGCAGGUAACCCCGUCUAUGAGAACCCUAGGAUGUCCAAACUGGAGGAGGUCUUGCUUGAACACUUUGGUCCAAGCUUGCAAUCAAAAGGGAUCAUCUUCACCAAAACCAGACAGAGCACGCGCUGCCUCCAUGACUGGGUCCACACCAAUACAGCCUUACAGGAAGCUGGCAUCAAGGCAGCUAACCUCACCGGGGCCGGCAAUAGCAUCAAUCACAUGACAUCGGUUUGUUGUUACACAAUCCUAACACAAAACGAUUAGUCACCAUACUUUUCCACUGACAUAUCUGUGCUGUUUGAUUUAGAUCGUUCACGCUUUUGUGUACAUACUUGCAGAGUGAGCAGGAAAACACAAUCCGCAGUUUCCGACAGGGUAAACUCAACCUCCUCAUCUCCACCACUGUGGCAGAGGAAGGCCUCGACAUCCCGGAGUGCAACCUGGUGGUUCGUUAUGGGCUGCUUACCAAUGAGAUUGCCCAGAUACAGGCCACUGGACGAGCCAGAGCGAGAGACAGCCAGUAUUCAGUGGUCACAGAGGAAGGAGGACCUGAAGAGCGGAGGGAGAAAACCAAUGAACAUCUAGAGGAGCUGACUGGAAAAGCCAUUGCAAGAGUACAAGAGAUGAGCAUUCAAGAGUUUCGCAGCAAGGUAAAAGUGAUGCUCUUUUAUUCUUAACCUUUACUCCCACUGCGAAGAGUUUCAACUCACACCUUUUAUUCUCCUUUGUCCUCAGAUAACUGUGCUACAAAAUCAGGCUGUGGAUUCGAGAAAAGCUCGAGAGAGCCAACAAAUGGAAAAGAGGAGCUGCCACUCUGCUGCCAGUGUUCAGCUUUUGUGUCGUACGUGUUUCAAGCCUGUGGCUUCAGGCAGUGACAUCAAACUUGUCGACAACAUGCACUAUGUCAACGUUAAUCCUGACUUCAAGUGAGUUUCACUCUUUUAUAGCAUGAAAGUUCAUCAGAAAGUAAAGGUCUUCACAUGAUAGAUAACCAUGGAGUAUCUUUGCCUCAGGAAGCACUACAAAGUUGGUAAGAAGGUACAUGUGAAGAGGACUUCUGAGGACUGGGAGCCUGGGUGCAUGAUCAUUUGCAAUAAAUGCGACAGGGUAUGAUGUGCCACCUGCCAAGUAUCUAUUUAAACUCAGACAAAAGAGUUGUUGUUGCUGAUACUCCUAUUGUUUUUUUUUUUUGUUUUUUUUUGUCAAUUCACAGCCGUGGGGACAUGAGAUGAAGUACAAGAAGAUUGCCCUGCUGCCCGAAAUAGCCAUUAAAAACUUCGCCAUAGAGACCCCUGAUGGCCCGGUACCCAAGAAACAGUGGAAAGACAUUACUUUCACUGUUGAACAAUUCAGCCUUGAAGAAUACUGCAUUGACAAUAUUCCAGACAUACUUGAUUAAGAGUUUUUAUCCCUGCUCAGUAUGUCUUUUUUUUUUUUUUAACUCUUUUCCCCUUAGCAUCAUGCUUGCUUUUACAUGUGCAGGGGGGGGAUAAACUUACGCACAGCAAACUUAUGCACCACUCAUGCUUGAAAUUAGCAUGACAGCUUUGUGUACACCCCAGGUCCUAACCUCCCCUGCAUGUGUCUGCUUUUCCUAAACUUCCUAUUAAGUCAAUCACAGAAUCAAUUAACUCUACUGUUACAUGAACCCAAACUAUUGGUGGUCACAUGUCACCACAGAGAUGAUUUCAUAGGACCUUUUAGCCUUUUUAAAAUCAUGUUCGCUGACCAAAUCAUCAACUACAUUUUUGCAGGUGUAUGAAUGUGUGAAUGAGCUGGGAGUCUGCUGACACUGGGAAUGUACAGAAAAUCUAAAAGAUUGUACCAAAUGUUACACUUAUCAGUUCAUUGGUUGGUUUUUGGUUCACUGAGUAAAUUUUUCUCUCCUAUUUUAUGACAGUUAAUUGUGAUAGACGAAUAUAAACAAUAACCCAAAGGGAGGACUGUCACCAAAACCCUCCUCUAGAGAUGCCUUAGAUAACCACUAGGUGCUAGUGUUGGUUAGCAAAUCAAGUUUCCUGUUUGUAAACUCUAACCAAGGGUUUGAAAAGAGAAUAAAAUUGUCUAUUGUUUUUUUCUUAUCAAUGUCUGAGAAAAUUGUUUUUGUCAUAAAAGGUUUCACACUCACAAAAUCUUGUUGACUUUGAGCAAGGCACUCUGUUCAUCACCAC